GUCACCUCUGACCUUUAACCUCUGGUGCCCUAAUCACGUGCACCAUCCACUCACUUUUUUGGAAAGUUCUUCGUUUGCCCUCUUCUAUCUAUGCUAGGAAUGAGCCAACGACACAACAAAAAGUCUAGGCAACCCCAGGGCAGGGGAAACCCCUGGACAGAUGCACCUCGUAAUCAGCAGCCGACCCCUGGUCACCCACCUGGUCACGUGGGUGACGGCACAGGUCAUGAGGGUGUGUACUCCAACUCACAUGUGGCUCAUGCAGUCACCACACUCAUUGGAUGUGUGGUGGAGGUGAAUACCACGUCCGGAGUGGUGUAUGAAGGUGUCCUCCGUGCUGUCUCUCCCAACAUGGACAUAGUUCUUAGUGUGGCUCACGACAAGAGCAAGAUUCUUUCUAGAGAUAAUGUGAAGGAGGUGCUAGAGUUAAAAUUCAACUCUGUGGUCAACAUAUCUGCCAAAAUAGAGCCCAAUUCCUCUUCGAGUACAGAUAUAUUCAAGACGGACACUGAGAUCAGCAAGAGCAAUGGUUCCUCCUCCGGUAGGGAAUUUGAGCGCUUCACAGACUUUGCUGAUACGCCAGACUCUCUGGAGAUGGAGAACUCCAAAGGGUGGUCUGUAGAGGAUAUGUUUUCAGUCAAUAGGGAAAAAUUUCAAGUCACUUCAAACUUUGACGAAGACCUGUCGCAAUACACGACUGAGCUGAAUAGAGACAGUGAUGGAUACACACAUCGCGCUGCUCGGGCAAAACAACUGGCCAAUGAGAUUGAGGGAAAGAAUAAGCGUGGCUAUGAUGAUGUUGGGACAGAGGAAGAACUAUUCAGUGCUGUGGUCCGUGGUAGUGAAGCUCCUCCCUUACCCCCGACACCCGUGACGUCAUCACAGCUUCAUACUCCCACCCAGUCCACCACCUCCACACAAAGACCACACUCGGAUGCACCUAGUAUGACAGAAAACAGCAACCAACCCGACUCAGUAGCAUGCAAUCAACCAUCCCCAAGCUCUAUUUCUGCAGAUCUGUCCACAUCAGUUUCCAAGUCAACAAUUAAUAAUGAAUCUGGCGACAUUGUGUCAAAUGCUGAAUCAGCUAAAGAUCCAGACAAUCACCGUGCCACUGUAAUAGACACUAAUAAUAGCACUAGUAAUGUUAGCUCCGAGCCAGUAACUGUGGAGACGUCACUCGUGAAAGUGGAAGAGUGUGCUGUAGUUGAGCCGAUAUCUGGUGAGAUACCAGCCACUGGUCACACUGUUGAAACCACAAUUGGCGCCUCAACUAUUUGUGAUGUUUCAUCAUCUGUUGAAGAUCCUCGUAGUAUUGAGCCGGAUUCUACCACUGACAAUGAGCCUGCUGACAAUAAGACAAUGUUUAAGCUGAACCCCAAUGCAAAGACGUUCAAGUUCAACCUAAAUGCCCAAGAGUUCAAACCUCCGGGAGCAAGCUUCUCUCCAGUGGUCACUGCUGCCUCCUCCACACCCGCUUCUCCGAGUCACACUGUCACCACCUAUCACCCCUCGAGCAGGCAACAUCGGCCGUACAAACGUCAGCAGAGGACCACCACACCCACUCAGGGUCUCUAUCCUACGUCGGAGUACAUACUGCAGUUGGUGCCUCAGCCAGGGGGGUUCAUGAUCCCACAGGGGGGGAUGGUCCGACCCGGGCAAACCCAUUUCUUGGGCCCUGGGAAUCAAGUGCUCUUCCCCGCCCCUUACCAACUACCCUCUGCACAGCCGGGACUGAUCAAUGCUUAUGCUCCACAGCACUUACAGCAGGUUGUGACGACAGGUGUGUCUGGAGCUCCCAAUACUCAUCCAAUCAUGUUGACCCCUCUUCAACACCAGCAGCUGUUUCAGCAGCAACUGCAGGCUCAGCAGUCAGGCCUAUUGACAGCAGGGGGUCAGAUGCAACAGGGUGCAGCUUUGUUACCGGGGGUGGGGCAAGGUGGAGGCCUCCUCCCAGGGAGCGGAGCCGUUCUACCUGGGAUAGGGCUGGCUGCAGGAGCACACCAAGGACAGCCGUACCAACAGGUGAUCUACAGCCCCCAGGGUGGUCAGAUGAUAUACACCCAACAGGGGGGCGUGCCAGCUGGUGGAGGUGCCACACCCAUGGGAGUGUCAGCUGGGACGAUGCCACUGCACUCCAAUGUCCAGCAACAGCCUCUGAUCAGUGCCGUCAACCUCACUCAACCACAAGUGUUCACCCCUGGUCGAAUCGUCUAUCCACCCCACCCCCCUGGAAAGUAGUCAGUUUCCGUGGAGUCAGACACAUAAUUUGUGCUAGGUGCAAUUCAUUAGAGAGAAUUAUUUAUGACAUCAGCCUGUGGUGCAGUUUGUAUGAUGUUCUGUGUGUGUUAUAUAACAAUGGAGACAUUAAAUUUUGGUUGAGUUUAAUUG